GAGUGGCAGGCAGGGCCAAGACCCCAUUUCCCAGUCCUUUGGGUCAAGGUGCAGCUGGGUGUGUGUGCCUGGCACCGUGCAAGGGAAGCAAAGCCUGCCCAGGUGUCUGCAUGUCACACAUACUCCUAUACAGCCUUCAAAGACCCAGCUCACACAUCCUGUCUCCUUUUAAGAAGUCUCCAGUUCCCAGGGCAAAACGUAUUCCUCCUUCCUCUGGACACCCACAGCCUUUUGAGCGCACCCCUGCCAGAGCCCUCAGCCUGUUGGUUGGGUCUUGGCCUGCUGUCCUGUCUGGCUCUGCAGAGCACUGGGAGCUGCUGGAGGGCAGGCACCAGGUGGGACCCCCACCCCGGCCAUCAGCCCCAGGUCGCAGUGCAGCGUUGCACAUACUUGAGACAUGCUCCGGGCUGUGGGGUGACAAGCAGGCGCACAGACACAUGCUUACCGGGCUGCCACUCCCGGUGCCUCAGACACGGAUGGGUGUCCUCAAGGAGCUGGGACUUCAGUGGCCACAGAGGCUCAGGCACCGAUCCCAGUGUUGGGCGCACCUCUGCGGUCUUGAGUGCUGUGGAUGUUGGCAGGGAGGAGGUGGCAUUUGAUCUGGGAGGGAACGAGUCAUGGCGGGCACUCGUUUCCACAGGAGCGGGGAGUCAAGGUGUGGGAGGGAGAGCCGGGCAGCAGUGGCCUGAAUGGCAGCCCAGGGCAGCUCAUGUGGAGCCUUCCAAGCCACGUGAAGGCCUUUGAACUUUACGCUCUGGGCAGGACGGGUACAGGACCAGGGGAGUGACAUACUGAAACUGGCAUUUUUGGCAGGGUGACUUGGGAGUCCUGUGGUGGAUGGAUUUGGAGGGGAGAGGCUGGAGGCAGGGAGACCAAUACGGAGGCUGCUGCAACAGCCCUGGGAAAAGAUGGCAGGAGCCUGGCUUGGAAUGGCAAUGGCUCUCAUGACAGGCACUGUUGGCCCUGGAGGUACCAGCGUCUGGUCCAGGAACCUGGGAGGAGAGAUAGUAGUGGGGAUGGCCUGGGCUAGUUCGGGGAUCUUGAACACGCUCCCAGGAGGAGGGAGGCCAGACUCAGGUCUUAGAGAGGCUCUCAUGGGAGGGAGCCCAGAGUUGCCUGGCCCACGUGGAAGCUGGGGACUGGGUCCCUCUGCUGGCCAGAGGGGGCAUGGGUGAGAGCCUCUGGCUGCAGUCCUCAAAUGCUUUUAGUGCUUUUUUAAAUACAAGAAACAGAAUCCUUUUAAGAAGCAACCAGGGAAUGUCCAGUUGCUUUUUAUGAUCCCAAGCUGGCAAAGGUGCCGUAGGCCUUUCGAUGGCCAGAGGAUUGCACAGAGUCCAGUUUCUCCCAAUUUCCUGCUGGCUUCUUUGCACGUGACUUGACCACUUCAGCCUCCUUUAGGGCCACCUAUUCACCCCUGUCUGGGUGGAACCUGGAAACUGCACGCAGCAUUGGCUGGGGGGCUGGGCGUGGUGGCCCUUGGGGUCCUCUAUGCCCAGCUGGCCCUCAGCACGGGCGGGGCAGAGCUGUGGGGCUCCUAGAUUGCUGAGUUUAAGGCGCGUGGGUUUCCUUGGCUCCCGAAGAGCUGUACUUGAGUUCAGGGCCUUGAGCACCGUUAGUUUCUGCCCUGCUCCCUGCUGCUUCAGGAAAAUCAACUUUAAUGAAAGCCCUUUCUGAGUGAGGUCGCUUAGGCUUUCGGGGAUUUAUUCUUUAGCGUGUUGAAGUGGUUUGCUGAGGUCCAGCCUGAUGGAUCACUGAGUGCUCUCUGCUCUCUGGUGCUUUGUGAGUGGGAAUGUUGCCUGGCAACCAGGCCCAGGGCCAGCCUCCCAGCUUUUCACACGGCGGGGGCUCCUCCUCCCGCCCCUUCUGGCCCAGCCCUCUUUGGCAGAACGGGUGGCUGCCCCGCCCGCUCUUCCCUGCAGUCCUGCAAGGGAAGGGGGGCUGGUGCCUCAGGUCGGGUCAGGGAGGCUCCACUAGCUCCCAGGGCCCCAGCAUAGUUGGCGCAGGUGUGACCUGGGAUGCAGGCGUUUGGAGGCAUGGCCCCAGGGAAGCAACAGUGAGCCUUUUCCACCGAACCGAACACUGACCCUGCCCUCUCCCACCAUGAUGAGUGAGUCAGCAGGUCCCUGGGGCUGAGGCUUGGUCCCCCACACUGCCAUAGCAGGGCGGGGUCCUGGCCCCAGUCAUCCUGGGGCUCCCUGGCAAGCAGCUGCAGCGACGCUCCCAUGGCCUCGGUGCUGUGCCAGGCCUGGAGCUUGGGGCUGGGACGCGUUGCUCAGACUGUGCCCCUCUCGUUGAAGAGACCCAGUGAGAGACCUGUGCUGUGUGUCGCUUGUGAUGCCUGCCGGUAUAUUGCACCCCUUACUGCCUUUGGAUGUGGUCUGUGUCUGGAAAUGGUUCUGCCCAUCAGCUUGGCAUCUUAAGGCAAGACGCUUACAGGGUCUGUCCUUCCUGGCAAGACAGGUUCAGCUCACCUAAGGGGGCCUCAGCCGAGGUGAAGAUCCAAGAGAUGGUGAAACUGGGCCAUGAGCUGAUGUUGUGUGGGCUGGAUGACCACGAGCUCCUGAAGGGCCGGGCCUGUGCCCAGAAGCAGCUGCGCUUCAUGGACCAGCUGCUGGACGUGGUCCGGAGCCUGACUGUCGGAGGCUCCAGCUGCCUCAGCGUGAAGGAGCACUUCGAGGACACCAGGGAGAAGAAUGAGGUGCUGCUGGGGGAGUUCUUCUUGAGCCCCCGCCUGCGGACGCUCCUGAGCCCCGAGCGUGACGCGUGGCCCCUGGGCGUGCAGCCACCUCUCGACAAGCAGAGCAACGCCUGGCAGAGGGCCAGCCCCUCCAUCGAGUCAGAGGAGGACACGGUGGCAGAGCUGGCCAGGCAGCUGCAGGAGAGCGCCUCGAAGCUGCAGUCGCUCAGGGUGGAGUACUUCGCGCAGCACAAGCAAGGAGCCGCUGUGGGCGGGGCCGACGCCAGCACCCUAGACCAGAAGCUGCGCCUGGUCAUCUCCGACUUCCGGCAGCUCAUCGUGGCUUUCCUGCAAGUCUAUGACGAUGAGCUGGGAGAGUGCUGCCAGCGCCCAGGCCCCAACCCCCGCCCGUGCGGCCCCAUCGUCCAGGCCGUGUACCAGACUCUGACCUCAUGCAGCCAACUGUUGAAAGCGGUCGUGGAGGUCACUGACACCUCGGUGAAAGCCGUGCAGAUGGCGAAGCAGCAGCAGGGCAAGCAGAUCUGUUGGGGCAGCAACAAUUCUGUGAUGAGUCUAGCCAUCAGAAUGGAAGGGGUAACCUGGAAAUACAAGGUCUUCAGCAACGGCCUGCCCAAUGGCCUGCAGUAGCCCCCAUGUUCCCGGGGCUGCCCUCCGCAUGCUCCGUGCCUUCAGCGACUUGGGGGGGGGGUGACGAGGGGCCGGGGG